CGUAACUGGCUGCCUAGCUUCCUACGCCGGAAUCCCGAGGUCUUGUUCCGCAAGGCUAGCAAUCUCGAUCCCAAGCGCGCGCAAGCGUUCUGUCAGCCCAUCGUUCACAUACACUACCUUCUACUUCAAGAGUGGAUGGUCCUGAAGGGCAUCCCACUCGAGAAUGUGUACAACAUGGACGAGAAGGGCUGUCAGCGCGGCGGGGGAAAGAAGGCAGCCUUGCGCAAGUACCUCAUUCCGCGAGCAAAGAAGUCGCAGUAUCGUCGCAGCAGCGAGAACCUCGAGCUCGUGACCAUCAUCGAGUGCGUGUGCGCGGACGGCUCUUUCAUCUGGCCAGGCUUCAUCUUCGCUGGGCGCAAUUACAACGAGCAUUGGUUUGAUGGAGAUGUUCCCCCUGAAGUCACCAUAUCUACCACCGAGAAUGGGUGGACGAAUGAUCUCGUCGGAUUAGCAUGGUUCCGCGAGAACUUCAUACCUCAGGCGACGCAACGCAACACUUCCGGCAAGCCCAUCCUCCUUAUCUGCGACGGCCACGGGUCUCACACGACUCUUGAAUUCAUUGAGCUCGCUAUCCAGAACAACAUCAUUCUCUACUGCCUUCCUCCGCACACCACGCACAAGCUUCAGCCCCUCGAUGUCGGCGUGUUCGGUCCCUUUCAGACUGAAUGGGUGAAGGCGUGCGACGCGUCGGUAGAGACUUACAACACGGAAAUGCCCCGCGGAGACUUCGUGCACGAGUACUUG